CGGUCUUGCGCGCUCAGGCUUGGCAAUGCCCGCGGGUUCCUAUUGGGUCUUGAACCCGGAAGAGACGCUGCGGCGUCUCCUACGUGAGGCGCCUGCCGCGGUUCGGAAGUCGUCUGGCUUCCCAGCGGUAUCUCGCAACUUGCCGGCUUCUCCCGCUCCUUACGUCGGACCCCGGCUCCGGGGCAGGGAAGCAGGAUGGAAGUUAAGGACCUCCAGGAGGAGUUGACCUGCCCCAUCUGCCUGGACUACUUCCGGGACCCAGUGUCCAUCGAGUGCGGCCACAAUUUCUGCCGCAGUUGCUUACACCGCAGCUGGGUGCCGGGCGGCGGCCCGUUCCCCUGCCCCGAAUGCCGGCACCCAUCGGCGCCCGCCGCUCUGCGACCCAACUGGGCCCUGGCCAGGCUGACGGAGAAGACGCAGCGCCGGCGCCAGGGCCCGGUGCCCCCCGGCCAUUGCGGCCGCCACUGGGAACCGCUGCGGCUUUUCUGCGAGGACGACCAGCGGCCCGUGUGCUUGGUGUGCAGGGAGUCCCAGGAGCACCAGACCCACGCCAUGGCACCCAUCGACGAAGCCGUCGAGAGCUACCGGGAGAAACUUCUUCAGUCUCAGCGUGAUCUUGGGGCCAAGAUGAAGAGAGUCUUGCAAUUACAGGACGCAGAAGCAAAGAACGCUACACAGUGGAAGGAUAAGAUAAAGAGUCAGCGAAUGAGAAUCAGCACGGAGUUUUCAAAGCUGCACAACUUCCUGGUUGAAGAAGAGGACCUGUUUCUUCAGAGACUGAGCAAAGAAGAAGAAGAGACAAAGACGAAGCUGAAUGAGAACAGGUUAAAACUCAAUCAAAUGAUUGCUUCAUUGAAGAAACUCAUCUUAGAGGUUGGGGAGAAGAGGCAGGCCUCCACCCUGGAGCUGUUGCAGAAUCCGAAAGAUGUGUUGACCAGGAGUGAGAUCCAGGAUGUGAACUAUUCCCUUGAAGCUCCAAAGUUGAAAACAGUGUGUCAGAUACCAUUGAUGAAGGAAAUGCUAAAGCGAUUUCAAGUGGCUGUAAACCUAGCUGAAGACACGGCGCAUCCCAAACUCGUCUUCUCCCAGGAAGGGAGAUACGUGAAAAAUGUAGCAUCAGCCAAUUCUUGGCCGGUGUUUUCUACAGCGUGGAACUUUGUUGCUGGAUGGAGGAAUCCUCAGAAGACCGCUCAUGUAGAGAAAUUUCAGCACUUACCCUGUGUUCUAGGGAAAAAUGUUUUCACCUCAGGGAAACAUUACUGGGAAAUUGAGAGAAGAGAUAGUCUGGAGGUUGCCGUUGGGGUGUGUCGGGAGGAUGUCAUGGGAAUUAGUGAUCGUUCAAAAAUGUCCCCAGAUGUGGGAAUCUGGGCAAUUUAUUGGAGUGCUGCUGGUUGCUGGCCCUUGACAGGCUUCCCUGGAAGUCCGACCCAGCAAGAGCCUGCUGUCCACCGGGUGGGUGUUUACCUGGAUCGUGGGACUGGGAAUGUCUCCUUCUACAGCGCUGUGGACGGAGUGCACCUGCACACCUUUUCUUGUUCUUCUGUCUCACGCCUCCGGCCAUUUUUUUGGUUGAGUCCAUUAGCAUCUUUAGUCAUUCCACCAGUGACUGAUGGGAAAUGAGGCUUUUCUUCCCCUGAGCAAAACUCCUUCUCUGUAGUCCAACUCAGGAACACACAUCCCUGGCCCUUUUCUGCCCGUCAUGUCUCUAUCCUGGGUAGUCCAUCUUCUGAGUCUUCCUAAUUGAACCGUUUGGUAUCUGCCCUUUGUGUGCUUCAGAAGAGGUAGUCCCGGCCAAUGGAGAUGGGACAGAAAGUUUUCCAAAGUGCUUUUGGGAAAUCUUUUUGUAGCUUUUAAAGAGAUAUACAGGGAAGACAUAUGGAUGUUAGCAGCCACAUUGGAACUGAGAACACAGGAAUGGUGGAAAGGUAGAAGAAACAGUCUUUGUUGCCAUUCUUAAAUUGUUGAAAUUUUCUUAAUCCCAAGCUGCUUGUUAUAUGAGAUAAUGAUGCCUUUACUGUAUAAGGCAGUUUCAGUUGUAUUUGGUUACUUGCAGCCUGAAGUACCCUAACUGGCAGUAAAGGCACAUAGUGUGAACAUCCCACAGUAUAGGCUUAUUUCACUUCUGUGAACUUUGACAAAGGCAUAGAAUCCUUUUCUAUCCGGUUGGGCAUUGCCUCUUUUUUCCAGUAACUACUGAUUCCCCCACUUUUCAGUUUUAGAAAAUUGUGGGAAUCUCCCCCAGACAUCAAGAUCCAUACUUGAGAAGGUUCUUCCGAUAUAGCUACCUGAGCUCUCCAAGGACUGACCAGGGACAUUUCCAGAGCUCAAGGAUUUCUGGACCUUUCUACCAGUUGUGGACCAUGAAAGGGCAGGAGGGCCCAGGGAGGGUUUUCGUACUGCUGAAUGUUUUCCAGAGCAUAUAUUAUAAUCUUUCAAAGUGGUACACUAGACUUCAGUGGUUUUUCGAGUGAUAAGGCAUCAGUUGGUGGGAACAGCAGGAAAAGGCAUUCCAGUCUGCCCCGCUGGGUAUGGCAGCCUUCCCGGGAGGGGCCCACAUCCGCCUCCUCCAGUCCUUGUCCAGGGGCAAGAGGCAGACCAGCAGCUGGACUUGAUCCCCCUGUGUCCCUUUGCUUCUGGCUGGUAGAUGAUGUCAACUUGCUGUCUUGGUUGCUAGACCCUGUACACUCUGUUGUGUGAUCAGUUUGUGUUUUUUUCUGUAUUUGUCUCCCAUGUCUUGCUCUUCCCCUGAAGAAUCCUGUCUUCUCUUUGGCCGUCUCAAAUUGAGAACCUCUAAACUAUUCCUGCAGAACUGCCUGGCUGGCACCCACAAGCAAUACCUCUUAUUCCAGCAGGACCAAGGGGCCAGCUUUCAGCGAGUGACUCCAGUAAGUGCAGCCACCUCUCCCGCAAGGGUCUGGGAGCCUGGCCCCAGCAAGAGACCCUCCAGACCUCUGGCUCUAGAGAAGCUGAAUGUGUCCACUUUAUGGGUCACACUCUUUGCAUUUCUGUAAGGCAGUCUCAGCACACUGGGGCUAACCAGUCGCCUAGGUAAUUUUUUGUUUGAUAGACUAUGGACUCUUUCAAAGGGAUCUGAUCCUUUUGAAUUUUGCACAGCGCUAGAAUAAUCCCUUUUGAUAAAAGGGUCUUUGCUUGUGAUUACAGGAGCACUGUGAAUGUCUGUAAAUAUGUUUUUAUAAUCAGUGUAUAGUUGGUGUACACUCAAAUAAAACCAGUCCCUAGCAGUCACUGCUCUCUGUAUAGGGCCAUAAUGAAAUUCUGAAGAAAUCUUGGGGAGGGAGGAGGAGUUGGAACAAAUGUCUGUUCCUGGACACCAAUCUGGUGCUCAGACCUUUAGACUCAUUGUAAAUUGCCACUGCCAACAUGGGACCAAGUAUGUGACUUGUCAAUACAGCGUGACAGCAUUAAAGACUGAUGUUACACCUCAAAAAAAAAAAAAAAGAAAGAAAAUUGUGGGAAUCUCCCCCCACUCUGCCCAUGUUGCAGUCCCUCUCUUCCCAACCAUGUCUCUGCCCUCAACUAUUAACUGUGCUGUGUAUUUAUCAAGUACCUAUAUUGUAUGUGCAGGGUUAUUCAUGUCAUCAUGAGAAUGUUGGAAUGCUUGUUAAAUACCUUUUGCUAGCCUCUUCCUAUACUAUUGCAUAUGACUCUCAUCACAACUCAGUGAGAUGGAAAGUAAAAUCCUAUUUGUACAAAUGAGAAAACUGAACUCUUUAUGGAGUAACUAGCUCAUUUUUGGCUAGCUGGAAAAUGGCAGCGUUGGGAUUAAAAUCCAGAUUUGUCUGAGAUGAAGGCCCAUGCUCCUGUCUACUCUCCCUUUAUUCAGAAACUUAAACUGGAUGUUGAUCUUUGUUUCAGGCUUUGAUUUUGUUACAUAUUUUUUUUUAUCCUGUGUAUGUUUUCCUCACUCUACCCUUCUGCUCUAGAUUGUCUGGACUCAGGAGAUUGUGGCAGUUACUGGAUAGUUAUUUUUUAAAAUAGUGAUUGCUUUUCUCUUAUAUAAAGUCCUGUACUUAUUGUAGAAAGUUUAUAAGAUAAAAAAGUAUAAAAAUUAAAGUUAUGCACUACUAACAUUUUAAUGUAUUUUCUUCCAGAUUUUCAAUAAAGACUUUCAGGCAAUAAUUUAA